GCCCCGGCUGGCCUUUAUCGCUCGCCCCGCUGGUCGCUUGAAACUUUAUCAGCGAGUCUCGCCACUCGCCGCAGACGCGAGCGGGGGGCGGGGGCGCGGCAAGGCGCCGGCGGCCGUGACGAGGCGCUCCCGGCGCUGAGCGCUUCUGCUCCGGGCACGCAUGGCGCCCGCACACGGAGUCUGACCUGAUGCGGACGCAAGGGGGUUAAUAUGAACGCCUGUCUCGGUGGAAUCUGGCUCUGGCUCCCUCUGCUCUUGACCUGGCUCAGCCCUGAGGUCAGCUCUUCAUGGUGGUACAUGAGAGCUACAGGUGGCUCCUCCAGGGUGAUGUGUGACAAUGUGCCAGGCCUUGUGAGCCGCCAGCGGCAGCUGUGCCACCGACACCCGGACGUGAUGCGUGCCAUCGGCCUGGGCGUGUCCGAGUGGACGGCAGAGUGCCAGCACCAGUUCCGCCAGCACCGCUGGAACUGCAACACCCUGGACAGGGAUCACAGCCUCUUCGGCAGGGUCCUGCUUCGAAGUAGCCGGGAAUCUGCCUUUGUUUACGCCAUCUCCUCAGCUGGAGUUGUAUUUGCCAUCACCAGGGCCUGUAGCCAAGGAGAAUUAAAAUCCUGUUCCUGUGACCCAAAGAAGAAGGGAACCGCCAAGGACAGCAAGGGCACUUUUGACUGGGGUGGCUGCAGUGAUAACAUUGACUAUGGGAUCAAGUUUGCCCGAGCCUUUGUGGACGCCAAGGAAAGGAAAGGAAAGGAUGCCAGAGCCCUGAUGAAUCUUCACAACAACAGAGCCGGCAGGAAGGCUGUAAAGCGGUUCUUGAAACAGGAGUGCAAGUGUCAUGGCGUGAGCGGCUCAUGUACCUUGAGGACCUGCUGGCUGGCCAUGGCCGACUUCAGAAAAACGGGCGAUUAUCUCUGGAGGAAGUACAACGGAGCCAUCCAAGUUGUCAUGAACCAGGAUGGCACUGGUUUCACUGUGGCUAACAAGAGGUUUAAAAAGCCGACGAAAAAUGACCUCGUGUAUUUUGAGAAUUCUCCAGACUACUGUAUCCGGGACCGGGAUGCAGGCUCCCCGGGUACAGCAGGCCGUGUGUGCAACCUGACUUCCCGAGGCAUGGACAGCUGCGAAGUCAUGUGCUGUGGGAGAGGCUAUGACACCUCCCGCGUCACCCGGAUGACCAAGUGCGAGUGUAAGUUCCACUGGUGCUGUGCUGUGCGCUGCCAGGACUGCCUGGAGGCCCUGGAUGUGCACACGUGCAAGGCCCCGAAGAGCCCCGACUGGGCGGCUCCCACAUGACCCCAGCGGAGGUCACCAUCCACCUUCCCUCCCACAAGGACUCCAUUGGAUCUGCAAGGAUGCUGGGCUCUUGGGUUCCCUCUGGGAGAUGUUUCCUUAGGCACGUGGCCUUUGUCUCUACGGAAGCCUCUUCCCGCUCCCUGGGGGCCCAGGACGGGGCCCGCACGCUGCACAUUAAGCAUGCCCUAUUUUCUCCGACUGCCGGCAUCCUGAGGCACGUCUCUUCCUGGUCGCGACGGGCUGUUAGAGGGGGGAGGGGUGGUGGGCCCAGACCACUGUCUCUACCCACCUAGACAUUUCCUCUUCUAGAACAGUUGGCCAGAGGGAAAAAGAGUGUCUCAAAGGAGCUUCCUCUGUGGUUUCCAACAAAUGUUCACAGUUAAGAAAUUCCAUACUUCUGUCCGGAGGGUGAAAUAUAGAAAGCAGGAUAAACCCCUACUGAAUUAACUUUAAUUCUUGAAAAGACCAAGCAAGGCUUUUGCCUGAUCAAGUGAUUUUCACAGCCACCACCUCUGGGGUGAUUGGUAAUUGGCUGGAGAAAAAUGGCUUUCAAUAAACUUUAGGUUUCAAAUGCACGCAUUUCAAGGCAUUUGUUGCCAUAUUAAAAUCUGAUGUGACAAGGUGGGUCUGUUGUCCUUUGGUACAGUUUGGAGUCUGUGCAAUAGCAAAAGCCUCAGAAAGUGAUUGCUUUGCAUUACUGUCCACUCAAUAUAAAGAACUUUUUAGGGAAUGAGAUCACUUAGAAUCUGAAGGGAAUUUAAAAGAAAACUGAUGAUCUGGCAGUAUUCUGUAACUGUUGGGUGAAGAUGGAGGAAAGUAACCUAGUGAGUGGAAUGUCAGAAAACACAACUGUACAGAUAAGGGGGAAGGGGGGGAAUGAAAUUCCUACCUGGUGUGAUGCUUGUGGCCCAUGGAAUUCUGUAACUGAAAUGGCUUUAAGAAUGAAAACUUUGGGGAUGACAAGACCAGGGAACCAAAAUGCUGACAGAGAGGUUUCCAGAGCGAGGUCACGCCUGGACAGCUCCAACCAUAAGUGGACAACUAAAAGAAGUCGGCCGUGUGCGCAAAGGGGCAUCAACUAGUUCCUGUCGCCCUUCAAGCACAUUGUAAAGACCUGACAUAUUUAAUUGUGUUCAUUGGAUGCUUACAAGAUGACAAGAUACCAUAGCCUAAAGCAAAUAACACAUAGCCUUGCUUAUAAAGUUGGUAACCCUAGUGUAUUAUAUUGCAAACAAAUUGUAACUUGGAGACUAUAUUUAAGGGACCCAGCUGUAAUUAUGGGAACAUCGAUAUGCAAAUUGUGGCUGGCUUCUGCCCUAAACCGAAAGAUGACAUCCAAGGAAAAUGGAGAGGCUGCCGGCCCCGUUUUAUCAGAUGAAAGAUGUAUCAGAUGAAAGAAAGGUGAAGUACCCGAAGGUACUCCUCAUUCCCCCGCUCCAGUUAGGUUCAAGUUCUAAGUGUGAUCUCUUCACAGAGCUACAUUAACUAACAGGAUGAUUCGUUACGGGCAUCUGGUGUCACAUUACUGCUGCUUGCUUACCCUUUGAUACUUUGGCCUUCAGGUUCUCUAUCCUUGAUUUAGAGCAGGACAUUGACACCAAGCCUCUUGGAAAUCAACCCUCUGGAGUGCUUUGUCAUAAUGAUAUUUGCCUCCUAGCUUUCUUAAAAAUGACAGAAUUCACCUCUUUUCACUCACUCCCAAACCCUAAAAUUAAUUGUCUAAUUUUUCCAAAGUGGCUCUUCCUUCUUUUUAUUCUAAGGAUUCAGAGGGUGGGAGGAUGGAGCAUGG